AUGUCGAAUUCAAAUACCGCCCCCGGGGCCUCGAGAUCUUCUGAAGCCAGCUUUCACCUCGCAGAUGGGAUCGGUUAUGGCCUCCAACAAGAUCACCAGUCGGUCAUCCGGCUGAACCUCCAGCACUACCUUUGGCGUGAGGUUUUUGGCUUCAACAUCCACCCAGAUAUUCCUCCAGGCCCCGAAAAAAUCGUCGAUGUAGCAUGUGGGAGCGGUUUAUGGAUGAUAGACGUCGCCCGGGAGCUUCCUCGCGCUCAAAUCGACGGUCUAGAUAUCGACCUUACUCAGGCUCCUCAGCCAGGAUGGCUUCCUUCCAAUAUCAACCUGAGCCACUGGGAUCUUUUCAAUGAUAUUCCUACUGGUACGGAGGCAAAGUACAAUCUAGUACAUGUUCGUUUGCUUGUGCUGGUCCUUUCUGGUCUCGAUCCCAUGCCAGUCAUUCGCCGCUUAUUCCACUUGGUGAAACCCGGUGGUUACAUACAAUGGGACGAGUUAGAUUGUGUGAACAUGCGAGUCAAGAGACUUGAUUCAGCUGCUGAUGCACCUGCGCCUGCAUUGGAAGAGAUUAGAGAAGCAUCUCAUGCAGGGGGGCGACAUGAUUGGGCUUUGGAUCUGCCGCGUCUCCUGACGGAGGGAGGGUUCCACGAUGCGAAGAGCGACUAUUAUGAUGAUCCUCCGGAAUUGGUCCGUGCUUUCAACGAUUUGCAUCUAUUGACCAUGCAAGAGUUUGCAUCAAAAUUGGCAAGCAGAGGCCAGCACGAGGCUGCGGCGCGUUUUGUUCAUUUGAUUCAGACUGGCUAUCAGGAAGGUGUCAAGGGUACAGCACUAUGUAUUCCGCGGGUGGUUGUUGUAGCCAAACGGCCUGUUGAACAUGCUUGA